AUGAACCAUUUAUUAGGUCAGAAGUUUUCCAAUUGCAAAUCAUUGAAAUUGUAUCCUAAGUUAUUGCUGAGGUGUUCAAGAAUCACAAGUUUGGGGUCUAUACGAUAUUGGAGAAACAAAAACGUAAUUGAGUUCCAACGUAAAUUAUCUAGUAAUAGCGGACUGUUACCUAAAGCUGUGAUGAAGUCAUUGAGUGAAACCGAAUUUGUUAAAACGCAGAAUGAUAAAGUGCAUGUAGAGAAGUUAAUGCUCAAUGCAGUUCUUGGUCCAGAUGCCUGGGACCAGUAUGAGCCACAGAAUUUCCAGGUGAGUAUGGAUAUCGGUACUGAUUUUGGUAAGUGCUCCAAGGAAGAUGAUUUGAAAUAUUCGUUAAAUUACGCUGUACUGUGUAGGGAUGUGACGGAUUUUGUUAAGAAACGUAAGAAUUUUGCUUCUCUAGGCCAAGUUGCAAGAGAUAUCCACUCAUAUGCGUUGGGUAGGUACCCUAUUAUAUCUGAUAUGUUGGUUACUGCUCGCAGUGAAUCGAGUCAUAUUCGGUGUGAUAAUCUAAUUGCUGAGGUUUAUGGUGAAUCAGAUCGCAUUGAUCAAAUAAGAAUAGCUAAUCUCAAGGUCCUUACUGUUAUUGGAGUUUUUACUUUUGAACGUUACCAAAAGCAGUACGUGGACCUGGAAAUCACAUUACCUUGGAUGAGAGAAUCGGUCGACAUGCCUAACUGUAGAAGUAUUACCAAUAGGGUUGUUGAGUUCGUUGAAGAGUCGAAUUUUAAGACUGUAGAGGCUCUUGUUGAGAGCAUUGCACAAUUGGUGCUACAAGAGUCUUACUUUCAAGAACAUAAAAGUUUGGAGGUUAAUGUCAAAGUUUUGAAGUUAAAUGCUAUAACUCAGACUAAGGGUGUUGGUGUUAGCUGCGUCAGAAAGGCUUCUGAUUUUAUAGGGAACCAGCCAAUCGAACUUAAGUCCGGCAAGCACACAGAGGGCUUUGAUUUGCCGGUUCCAUCAACUGCGGUAAGGAAGGGCCUAUGGGGCAAAGCUAUUCUUGCAUUUGGUUCCAAUAUCGGUGAUAGGUUUGCGAAUAUUGAGCGUGCUCUAGCUUUUUUGAAUGAGGCACCUAAGGUGAAAGUUUUAAGAGUGUCUUCUUUGUUUGAAAGUGUUCCUAUGUAUUAUAGAGAUCAAGAUAUUUUCUUGAAUGGGGUGGUUGAGAUUUCGACUGAACUUGAACCUGAGGAGCUGCUAAAAUUGUGCAAAGACAUUGAGUAUAAUAAAAUGAACAGGUUCAAGGAAUUUGACAAUGGACCCCGAGUUAUAGACCUUGAUAUCAUUCGUUACAAAAACUCCGAAAAUGAGGAUGUAUUAGUAACGACUAAAGACUUGGUUAUUCCGCACCCACGUAUUUUGGAAAGAACGUUUGUGUUAGAACCUUUAUGUGAAUUGGUUUCUGUUAAUGAUAGACAUCCUAUUACGGCGGAGCCGUACCAUAACCAUUUGAAACAAUUGUAUUCCAAGGGUAAUAAAGAAGAUCUACUAUGGAAAGUAGUUCCUUUGCCUACGCUUAAAAAUAAUGAGCGUGGUUCUAAUAGAUUCCUACGAUUUAAACGGGAAUUUAUCCCUGAUGUAUUUACAGGAGAGCUUAUCCCCCGUAGCAAUUCUGAGACAUACGUUAUGGGGAUUCUAAAUGUCACACCAGAUUCAUUCUCUGAUGGAUGCGAAGACUACAAAAAUGUCACUGCCGUAAUCGAGCGUGCGAAGGCCAUGGUCAAUUGUGUUUUAUCCCUUCACUCAAACGUGAUUGUCGAUAUUGGAGGCUGUUCUACAAGGCCAGGUAGCCUACCAGCAACUUUAGAAGAGGAACUAGAACGCACAAUUCCAAUUAUUAGAGCCUUGAGAAAAUGCGAUGAAAUACCACAGGAGAAACUUAUCAUUUCAAUUGAUACAUUUCGAAGUGAAGUCGCAAGGCAAGCUGUCGAAGCUGGUAUUGAUAUUAUUAACGAUAUUUCUGGUGGGCAGUUAGAUCCCGAGAUUUUGUCCGUUGCAGCCGCAAAUCCUCACGUUGCAUAUGUAUUGUCUCAUAACAGGUUUAAGAAAACUGAUAUAGAAGACUCAAAACCUUCAUCUGAUACUGAAACAGGGGAUGAAGUUAGUGAGUUUAUUUUGGGUGCUUCUAAUAACAGUAAGGAAACCAGUUUUAUCCGUGGCUUAUGCUCUGAGCUUGCGGAUUUUUACCUUCUUGCAAUGAAGCAUGGUGUAAAGAGAUGGCAGUUAAUCUUAGAUCCAGGCAUUGGAUUUGGGAAGGUUGGCAGUCAAAACAUGGACAUCAUAAGACAAACACCCCUAGUAAAGAAUUACAGUUGUUUGAAGGGUGCUGAGUACGUCAGUUUUUGUAAUAUUCCUGUGUUGUUGGGACCUUCUAGGAAGAAAUUCAUCGGAACAAUCAUCCAAGAAGUGGACGCUGGUCAGAGGGAUUUUGCUACGGGAGCAAUUGUGGCAUGUUCUGUAGGGUUCGACGCAGAUAUCGUCAGGGUUCAUGAUGUGGUUAACUGCAGCAAAACCACGAAAUUGGCAGAUGCGCUAUACAAGCAUAUUAUUAAUAGCUAA